AGAGCUAGCAAGGGGAUGCGAUAGCGGUUGCCUGAACACGGUGAAGGGAAAGAUUGUUGUGUGUGAUGUUCCAGAUAAUACUAUGGAACCUAAAGCAGCGGGCGCGGUUGGAGUCAUCCUUCAUGUAACUGAUGUUGAUUCUCCUGGUCUUGGUCCGCUUCCGGUCGCAACCUUAGAUGAUACCAAUUAUGAAGCAUUCAGAUCUUACGUUCUCUCUUCACCAAACCCACAAGGAACUAUACUGAAGAGUGAGACAGUUAAAGACAACGAUGCUCCGAUCGUUGCUUCCUUCUCUUCUCGUGGUCCAAACACUCUCUUUAGCGAUAUCAUGAAGCCUGAUAUAACAGCUCCAGGAGUGAAUAUAUUAGCAGCAUAUUCACCUGUGGCUCAAACCGCACUUCCUGGACAAAGCGUGGAUUACUAUUUCAUGACCGGAACAUCUAUGGCUUGCCCUCAUGUCGCAGGUGUAGCGGCUUAUGUCAAGACAUUCCAUCCUGAUUGGUCUGUUCCUGCCAUCAAAUCUGCUAUCAUGACUACUGCUUGGGCAAUGAAUGCUUCCAAAACCACAGAAGCUGAGUUUGCAUAUGGAUCAGGAUACGUUAACCCUACGGUAGCAGUUGAUCCAGGGCUUGUUUACGACAUAGCCAAAGAGGAUUACUUAAACAUGCUAUGCUCUUUGGACUACUCAUCCAAAGGCAUUAGUACUCUCGCUGGAGGAGCCUUUACUUGUUCCGAAAAAUCAAAGCUUAACAUGAGAAACCUCAACUAUCCUUCAAUGACAGCUAAAGUUUCAGCCUCAUCAUCUUCAGAUAUUACAUUUUCAAGAACAGUCACCAACGUUGGGACAAAAGGAUCCACUUACAAGGCAAAGUUGUCUGGUGAUCCUAAACUCAGCAUCAAGGUUGAGCCAGAGACCCUCUCUUUCAAGUCGUCAGGGGAGAAGAAGUCUUUCACUGUUACAGUCCCUGGCAAGAGUCUUGCUGGUAUAUCUGGUAUUGUGUCUGCGUCUCUAGUUUGGUCGGAUGGAUCAUACAAUGUGAGAAGUCCUAUUGUUGUGUAUACUUAGGCUGGCAUAAACCCAAAACUCGAAAA